UAUCAACACAACUCACUGUAAGCCGCUAUUUUCCACCAUUCUCUGUCUCUCGCCUUAGUCUCCGGCGAAACCCAGCAUUUUCCGGCCAGUGGCCUCAUUCAACUCACUCACUUCAAACAAUCGUUUAUUAUUAUAACUGCAACUCAUUCCUUCUUCCUUCUCUCUCUCCUUAGCUUUCUGAAGGUUAGCGCCAAACUCACAAAAUCACAUUUUAUUCAUCGGAGAAUUUUCAUUGAGAGUUUUUGUGAAGGUUCAUAAUCAAAGUUGAAAAUCAGAUUUCGCAGUAACUAUGGCUUCUCAAGCUACUGGGUUCUCGGCGGAAUCCAUAGUGGCGUCGGGUAGAGGCUCGGAGAAGCUGAGCUUACCAUUGCUACAAUCAAAGAUGAAGUGUGACCCAGAAGGGUAUGAAUCGGAACUGGCGACUGUGUACAGCCAGUUCAAGUCGUUCUUGGAGAUGUUUAAGCAGCAAGCAGCUUUCAAGUUCACAUCCAUCAGUGGCGUUGGUAAUGACCCAACUGUGGCUAAGGAUCUGGGCGAUUGGGCCAUGUUCUUAGCUCACGUUACACCUUUUUACCGUAAAAAACUCGCAGAAUUCCCAAAUCAGCUUGCUGAGUUGCUCCGUUCCUCUGCGCGAACCCUCCCUUCAGGCCUUCGGUGCCACCUUGUUCAGGCUCUCAUUCUUCUGAUCAAUAGGAAGAUACUUGAUACUGGAGAAAAUCUUGCUUUGUUCAUGGAGCUACAGACUCUAGGAGAUAGGAAUUUAAAAAAAUUGGCAUUCUCUCAUGUAGUUCAAUGCAUUAGGCGAAUGAAUCAGAAACACAAGAAUGAAGCUAAAAAUCGAGGGCUUCAAAAUAUUAUAUUUCCCAUGCUACAGCAAGAGGAUGAAGCCAAAGCGAAAAGAGCCUUUAUCACACUAUGUGAGCUUCACAGGAGGAAGGUGUGGUUUGAUGAUAGAACAGCCAAUGCCAUUUGUACUGCAUGUUUCCAUUCCUCGUCUAGGAUCAUGAUUGCCUCUUUAUCUGUUCUAUUGGAUUAUGAAAAGAUUGAAGACGGGGAUGAUAGUGAUGCCUCAAGUGAUGAAGAUGAGAAGACUCCUCAAGCAGUACAUGCUGUUAUUAGUAGACAGAGUGUUUACAAGGCACACCAUGCGGGUACCUCUUCUAGCAAGAGGAAAAAGCAAGCCAAAUUGCAACGUGCGAUGCGCAGCAUGAAAAAGCAACAACGCAUUUCAUCAGAUAAGACCGCUCCAAAUUAUUAUUCACCACUUAGCCAUUUGAAAGAUCCACAGGGAUUUGCUGAGAAGCUGUUUUCCCGCCUUCAGACAUGCAAUGAACGAUUUGAGGUUAGGAUGAUGAUGUUGAAAGUUAUUGCUCGGACAGUUGGGCUUCAUCGCCUAAUCUUAUUGAACUUUUAUCCGUAUCUACAGAAAUAUGUUCAGCCUCAUCAACGUGAUAUUACAGAUUUGCUUGCUGCUGGAGUUCAGGCCUGCCAUGAUAUGGUGCCUCCUGAUGCCGUUGAGCCAUUGUUCAAGCAAGUAGUAAAUCAAUUUGUACAUGAUCGUUCGCGUCCUGAGGCCAUUGCUGUUGGACUCAAUGUAAUAAGGGAAAUAUGUCUUCGAAUCCCUUUGUUAAUGUCUGAAGAGUUGCUGCAAGAUCUUGCAUUGUACAAGAAAUCUCAUGAGAAGGCAGUUUCUAUAGCAGCACGAUCGCUUAUUGGUCUAUUUAGAGAGAUUUGCCCUUCACUUCUGGUUAAGAAGGACCGUGGGCGAACUACUGACUCAAAGGCAAAGCCAAAAGCAUAUGGAGAAGUCAAUGUGCUCAGUAAUGUUUCUGGUGUUGAAUUAUUGGAUGAUGAUGAUGAAGAUAAUAGUGAUGGGGAGGAUGGUCUUGCAUCCAUUGGCUCUGAUGAUGACAGUGACGAGGAGAUGGCUGCAUCUGGUGAUGAUGAUGAAGACAACAAGGAAUCUACUUAUGGCACUGACAGUGAAGAUGGUAGCGAUUGUCUAAGUGACAGUGAUGGUGAUGUUAGCAUUGAUGAUGAUGAUGAGGAGGACGAAGACGAAGAAAUGGAACAAGUUGAUGAUGAUGAUCAACACGGUGGAAAUAGACAGGAGUCUAAAGGAAAAAAGAGAAAACUGGAACAAGAUGAUAAUGAUGAUGAUUAUAGUGCCGAACAUGGUGGAAGUGGGCAUAAAGAUUCUAAAGGAAAAAAGAGAAAACUGACUGAUUUUGAUAGACAACUAGUUGCUGCUGAUACAAGUCUUCGGACAUUGAAGAGAUUGGCAGUAGCAACAACAGCAAAUACAUCACCUGAACUAGAGGAUGGUAUUCUUUCUAAUGAGGACUUCAAAAGAAUCAAGCAAUUAAAGGCGAAGAAGGAUGCAAAAGAUACUUUGGCUAAGUAUGGUUUGUUAAGAAAAGGCGCAGAUGCUAAAACACAACAAAUCAAUAUUCCCGAUUCCGAGCAACUAACUAUUAAGCGAGUGGAUCCAGCCAACCUUGAAGCUCACGUCCGGAAAAAGCUAAGCAAAGAAGAGAGAUUGGCAAUGGUUAAGAUGGGAAGAGAAGAUAGAGGAAAGUACCAGUCCCGCACUGCAGUUAAACAAAAGAAGACCGGAGGUUUGAGCAAUCGGCAGAAAGAACAUAAGAAGGCUAUGCCUCUUGCUGCAAAGAGAGAUAGGAUUGUAAAAACCAGAGCUGUGAAAAGGAUAAAAGAGCAGCGUGCUGGAAAACAGUUCAGAGGAAAGAAAGCAUGGAAAUAGUCCUUUACUUCAAUCAUACUAUAUACUCACUUUCUUUCUUUCUUUUUGUUUUGUUAGAGCAAUUUAAGAUCAUUGAAAGUUAACUGUAGGGUGAUAAGCAUUGCCUCAAUCAGUGAGGAAAUUUUGUGUUAGUUCUUUUGGGAUAAACUCUAUUUAUAAAUGUAUUUUUGGAUCCAAGCUAUAUAGUCAAUUAAAAAGCUUUAUUAUUAUUUAAUCAA